CAUACAGGAAGCCAGGACCCCGCUAACCCGCUAAGUGUCAACAAACUAAGGGCAAGAUUGUCAGAAAUUCGCAAAUCCAUGUCGAAGUCGGCGUCAUUGCCGACCUUCUGCUCCUCCGUUGAAAUCGUACGUCUUCACAUCGCCAGCUGAUCAAUAAAGAUGGCAACGACUGCCCAGCUUUUCGAGGAGCCCUUUGAUGCAGAUGAGUAUAUUGAAAGAUUGGCCUGGAGGACUCCCGGGGGAGGCUCCAAAGGAGGAGCUGAAGGAUUCGACCCCAAACGGUUGUUGGAGGAGUUUGAGAACCAUAUUGAAGAGCUGAAGCAACUUGACGAGAAGAUACAGCGGCGUGUUGAGAAGUUGGAGCAUCAGUGUCAUCGCGAAGCGAAGGAAUUUGCCCACAAAGUGCAGGACCUCCAAAGGAGCAACCAGGUGGCCUUCCAGCACUUUCAGGAGCUCGAUGAGCACAUCAGUUAUGUGGCGACCAAAGUGUGUCACCUGGGUGAUCAGCUUGAAGGUGUGAACACUCCACGGCAACGCGCCGUAGAAGCUCAGCGUUUGAUGACCUACUUCAACGAGUUCUUGGAUGGGGAUUUGCGCAGUGAUGUCUUCAAUAACCCAGACAAGAUUAAAGAGGCUGCAGAUAUCAUUCAGAAGCUGCAUCUCAUUGCCCAGGAGCUGCCAUUUGACAGAUUUGCUGAUGUCAAAGCCAAAAUUGCAAGUAAGUACCAUGAUCUGGAGCGUCAGCUUAUUCAGGAGUUCACUGCUGCUCAGCGCAGGGGUGAGAUUGGACGUAUGCGGGAGGUGGCAGCAGUUCUCCUGCAUUUCAAGGGCUAUGCUCACUGCGUAGAUGUGUACAUCAAACAGUGCCAGGAAGGUGCUUACAUCCGGAAUGAUGUGUUUGAAGACACCGCAGUCCUCUGCCAAAGGGUAAACAAGCAGGUGGGAGAGGUCUUCAGUAGCCCAGAGACCGUCAUGGCCAAACUGAUCCAAAACAUCUUUGAAAACAAAUUACAGGCCCACGUCAGGGAAAAACUGGAUGACACACGGCAAUCUGAUGUGGAGCAGUACCUCAAGAACCUCUAUGACCUUUACACAAAAACCACAGUACUGGCCACCAAGCUCAGCGAGUUCAACCUGGGCUCUGACAAGCACACUUUCCUGUCCAAGCUCAUUAAGAGCAUCUUCUCCUCCUACCUGGAAAGCUACAUUGACAUGGAGAAGGACUACCUUCGCACUCGCGGCGCCAUGAUUCUCCAGCGUUACUAUGACUCCAAGAACCACCAGAAGCGUCCAAUUGGCACCGGCAGUAUCCAGGAACUGAAGGAGCGGAUCAGACAACGCACUAAUCUACCACUAGGCCCUAGUAUUGACACUCAUGGGGAGACAUUUCUGUCUCCAGAACUGGUGGUCAACCUGCUGCAGGAGACACGGCAUGCCUUUGAGAGAUGCCACAAGCUUUCAGAUCCUGCCGACUUGCCCAAGAAUGCCUUCUUAAUUUUCCUGUUGCUAGUCGAGCAUCUUUGUGUGGACCACAUUGACUAUGCUUUGGAAAUCGGUCUCUCAGCGAUUCCCUCCUCAGAUGCCAAGAACGCCAACUUGUACUUCCUGGAUGUGGUCCAACAGGCAAACUCUAUAUUUCACUUGUUUGACAAGCAGUUCAACGACCAGCUUAUGCCUCUAAUAAGUUCAUCUCCAAAGUUGGCCGAGUGUUUGCACAAGAAGAAAGAAGUGAUCGAACAGAUGGAGGUGAAACUGGACACAGGAAUAGACAGAACACUCAACUGCAUGGUGGGACAAAUGAAGCACAUCUUGGCAACAGAACAGAAGAAGACUGAUUUCAAGCCAGAGGAUGAGAACAACGUCAUGAUCCAGUACACUGCAGCCUGCGCCAAGGUCUGUGCUUACGUCAGUCGGCAGGUGGAACACGUGCGCAAGUCUAUGGAUGGAAAGAAUGUGGACACGGUGCUGACAGAGUUGGGUGUUCGCUUCCAUCGGCUCAUUCACGAGCACCUACAGCAGUACAGCUACAGCUCCAUGGGAGGCAUGCUGGCCAUCUGCGACGUGGCGGAAUACCGACGAUGCGCCAAGGACUUCAGGGUGCCUCUUGUGCUGCAGCUUUUCGACACCCUGCACGCCCUGUGUAACCUCUUGGUCGUCGCCCCUGACAACAUGAAGCAGGUGUGUUCAGGCGAGCAGCUGACCAAUCUAGACCGCAACCUCCUACACGCCUUCGUCCAGCUCAGAGUGGACUACCGUUCAGCCCGACUGGGCCGCCACUUCAGCUAAUGACUGGGCCAACACUUGGCAAAUGCCCUCCGUCCAGUACCGCAGUCCGCCGCCAUGCUACAAUGUGUUGCUGCACUUUGAUAGAGAAACCUCUGCAUUAAGAGGGUGGGAAAAGUCCGCCUUGACAGACUCUCCAGGACUGCGGCAAAGACAUGAUGGCUACUGUUCCUUGAAUGUGGGAUAAUGUGCAUUUCACCUCUUUCUUAAAAUGUGUAUCAAUUUAAUAUUUGUUUUUAAGUACUAAUCCAUCAACCAUUCACUAUCAGAUUUCUUCAAACAUGGACAUUGAUUUUGUCUGCUUAUGUACAACAAAAACUAUGUUUGAUUGUGCCAAUGAUAUAAAUCCUCUGGCUGCUCUUGCGCACCCAGAAUAAACCCUCAAGCUGCUCUA